AUGGAAGAAUUUUUGUGUUUGAAAAUUCAUCAUAGUGGUGAGUUUGUGGACUCUGAAAAAACUGAUUAUGUGGGGGGUAAAUGUAAUGAUUUAGAGAUAGAUGUGGAUAGGUGGUCAUACUUUGAAUUGGUUGGUGUUGUGAAAGAUCUAGAUUACACUGAGGUAGACACUAUAUAUUACAAUGACCCCACAUUUGGAAUGAAUUUUCUUAAGGAUGAUAAGGGUGCGUUAGAUGUAGCUGACCUCUGUAGGGUAAAUUUGAAAGUUGACAUUUACAUAGAACAUCUGUUAUUUCAACCAGAAUAUGUUGAAAAUCCUAUAAACAUGAUGGAGCAAAAAUCCAUAGAUGAAGAACCAUUAAAUAUGGUUAAUCCGGAGGUAGAAUCCACCCUUGAAGAUCUUUAUGAAGAAGUCAUAAAGGAUACAAACGUAGGUACUGAUGGUGAGGGUGUGAACAAUAAUGGUGUUGAGGGUACGAAUGUAGGUAAGGGUGUGAGCAAUAACGAUGUUGAGGGUAGAUGA